AGGACAGGAGAAGAAUGUUUUAUGAAUUACCGUGCUACCUAACACUCAGCCAAAACAUCUGGGCUUCUUCGGGGAGGCUCCAUCCCUCCAUUUCACAUACCAUAGCCCUGGAGAAAGAAGCCUAGUGCCUGCAUAGCAGAGCAAUCCUACUGACCCGCUUCUCCAGAUAACUAGCAGCCUGCAACAGCACCACACUGUUAACACCAUGGAGAGACUCUCUCACUCACAUCCACUUCCAGCACUGGGCAGAGUAACCAGAAAAGGUAUCCUCCUGUUCUUUGUCUUCGCUGGAUUGAUAUACUUCCUGAAGGGACUUUUGCAGCAGAAAACCUCAUCAGAAAGCCCUUCGAUUCGUCUCCCUGCCCAAGCUACAGGAGAAGAGGCAGGAUUCCACCCCAAUGUCACCCCCUGGGGAGCCCCCAUUGUGUGGGGAGACAGCCCGGAGUCACAGAUCAGAAGGCAGAAGUUCACAAACAGGGCUGUCACCACAGGCCUAGCAGUGUUUGUUGUCGGCACAUACGCACAAUACCUCCACAAGUUCAUCAUCUCUGCCGAGGAGUAUUUUUUGCCAGAACACUUUGUCACUUACUACAUACUGACUGACAACUUGCGAGGGAUCCCUACGAUUACUCUGGGAUCUGGCCGAGAAAUCAAGCCGUUUUAUAUCGCCGAGAGGCCAGACUGGGUUUAUUUGUCGAAAACGAGGAUGUCUCUGCUGAGUAGUGUAAUCAAAGAGCUGAUCCAGGAUGAGGUGGAUUAUAUAUUCUCAAUGGACGUGGACCAAGUGUUUGUAAACCCUGUGGGAUCCGAAAUCCUGGGAAGCCUUGUGGCCACUUUGCACCCGGAAUACUACAACCAGCCCUUGGACACGUAUCCUUAUGAAAGGACUGAGGACUCCAAAGCCUACGUUGAUGGCUCCGAAGGGGAUUACUAUUACACCUCAGAGAUCUAUGGUGGCUCGUGCCCUGAGGUUUAUAAGCUGGCGUUGACUUGUUCCCAGUUCAUCAUCCAGGAUAUGGAGAUUAGCUUCCAUGCAUUCCUAUUCGAGGAGAGCUACCUAAACCGAUACCUGAUCCAGAACAGACCUACUAGACUUCUUUCCCCAGAAUACAACUGGCUGGCUGCUCAGAAGACAUCUGAGGAAAUCCAAGUGAAGAGGAUUCUUUCUUUGCAGAGAUGAAGAGAGUCUUUCAGGUGGCACACAUGGACUAAGGCAUCUAGGGCACUGCAUUUAAAUGAUGUAUCUCAGUACUCUACACGACAAACUCUUGUUAUUAGAAUACAUGUCUCAACAUAAACUUGGGGCAAGAAUGCUUUUACCCAACGACCUCCACAUAGGAUACAACUUUAGGUCCGCUCCUCUUUGAGGGUUACUAGCUUCUUCAGCAAAGACGCCAAGUCAACUGUCCAAAUGAAUUUUGUCUUUCUUCAGUUAAAAAAAAAUCUCAAAUAAAAA